AUGCCCCAAGGAAGCAUCCAUUGGCAAGGGACGCAGAGGAGAGCCUGCGGUCCAGGAGCGCACUGGAAUGUCCAGGUGGUGAGAGGCAAGGUGACAACGCGGUGCUUGUGGUACGCCUGCAAAGCUCUCGGAAUUGGUCUGCUACUAAUGCUUUCAGGAGCUUGCAUGGCGACCAUAGGAUAUUUCGCAGAUCAGCUGUCCGUGGCCCAAGAGAUCAGAGGCAAUCUAACAAUAAGAGUGAAGAACGAGUCACGUGGAUUUCAUCUGAACAACCUCAGUUACGCUGGCCCAAUCGUGAUGGGCGUAGGAGGAUUUAUCGUGGUAGCGGCUUGCGUGAUGACCUUCGAGGCACGCGAUAACGCAGCCAAAGUGGUGCCGGCUCGUUUUCGCUUUAAUCAGACCUCGACAAUAAAAAACACGAGAAACCAACGGAACCGAAGGUCCACGUCUAGCCAAACGACGAAAUGGGACCACCAGCUCGGUUUGUUCAGAGUGAACAGAAGUCCCAGUCCCAGUAUUCACGAGGUCUCCAGGAAACAAUUGACCGCGGAGUUCAUGCAAUUCGCGAAGGAGUUGAACCAGAAACAAGCGGGACACUCGAUCAAAAAAAGUCCAAGCGCACCGACGUUGAUCGAUAAGAAAUCGCCGCGCAAAAGGACGCCGAAAUACGCAGGAUGCGCUCUGUUGAAUCCGGAAUUGCUGCAGAGGCACGCUCUUUCCGUGGAUAAUCCGAGCUACAGUCCUCAUCAGGUCAGCAGGGAGAGUUUGGAGCAGCAAAAGAUGGGAGGCAGCCAAGUUUCCAUGGCGAUGGAUUUGCACAUUCCCAAUAAAGGUCCUGUGACGUUGAAAGUUAAGGACAGAUCGGAUACAGCGAGGCGUCAUCAAUUGCUUCGACAGACGAAAGUCGAGCAUGUGGAAGAACUCGAUGAACCUGUUCGAUCACCAACGGGACGCGGUUAUUCGCCUAAAUUAUCAGGUGCCUACAGCAAAUACCCAGACGAUUUUGUACCAAGGAAGAGAAACUCGAUAGACAUAAGACUGUUCGAGGAGCUGACGGCGACGAAGGAUCUGACGAAAAUAUCCCCGAGGGAUUUCCGUAAAAUUUCAUCGCCGAGCUUUCACAAGAUGUCGUUCGACAAAACCGGAAGCGAUCGUAAGAUCGAGAGGUCCAUGGGCCACCGUAAAGCCAGCCUGGAGUUCAGGAAAAGUCCUGAUUUUCGCCGUGCAGACUAUCGAAAAUUGUCCGUGGACAGAUUCAGUAUUGAUUGCACCAAAUACCUCUCGGACGAGAUGGAAAUCAGAUCAAGGGCGAGCAGCGGCGAGAAUCUAAGAAGGCAACGGCAACAGAGGCUGUACCAUUCGAGAUCGGACGACAAUAAGAGAGCGUCCUUUGAGAAACAGCAAAAAGACUCUCAAAAAAGCGCCGGUGUCGAGAACGAAUUCAAGUAUUUCACGGCAACGUCACCGGACAUCGAAGAACCUCGCGUGGAUCGUACCGACGAGAAUCACGCCAUAGAGAUCGACGAACAGAUCGUGCCGAAUAUAUCGACCGAGGGACCGACCGAAGUCGACGCUCUGCUCGAGGAACCCGAGCUGGAAAGUGUCUCGGCGAUCAACGUGGAAAAUUCGGAGGACGAUCUCGAGGAGGACGAAACGUACGACAGAGCUAAAAAUUCUCUGUUCAACGACGAACCGUCGAAGGAACAACGGCACCAUUUUCACAGAGGAAAUUUGCAAAAUUAUGGGAAAACCGAGGAAACUACUUUGUACAUAGAGGAGGACGAAGUCUGA